GGGAUGAUUGUACUCGCUGCAUCACAAGUAUGGUUUACAUGGGAAAUUGAAGAUGUUUUUCGUAGUUUUAAACAAGGCAAUCGUACAGCAAUGAAAGAUUUCAAUAAAAAACUUGAAUCACAAUUAAAUGAAAUGAUUUAUAAAAUCCGUGGUGAUUUAACAGCAAAUGAUAUGAAAAAACUUGAAACUGUACUCAUUAUUGAUGUACAUGCUAAAGAUAUGGUUGAAAAAUUUAUUCGCGAUAG